AUGUUUUGGUUUGGUUUCUAUUAUCAUCUACCUCGAUUCUUCAUUGCUUUUAUAGAAUACAAAAUGGCUCCCCAUAUAUAUGCUUCAUUGAUUUCGUCAUAUUUUAGGAACCAGAAUAAAAGAUUGAAGAAUUCCAGUGUUAAUUGCCGCAAAAUAGAUUCGAGGCAGAUGCUUAAAGAGACCAGAACAUUGUGUCUGAAAUGGCCAAAAAUAAUCAAUCAUAAGGUCAAGAUCAAUGUCUCUCCUGGCUCGUCCUUUCACUGCUAUGAGCCAGGUUGGUUCCGAGUCUGCUUUGCUAAGUUGGCCGAAGACACAGACCAAACUGGACUACAGAGAAUGAAAGACUGUGCAAGAACUGUAAUUUUAUAUCUAGGCACUCGAACAUGUAUUUCUUAUUUCUUUUGGAAUCAUGUUUAUAUCUUACAAGAACAGGAAAAAUGUUGA